AUGCAGUUGGGAUCACCAAAAUUGAUAAAGGAGGUGCAGCAGUUGACGGGGAAGGUCGCCUCAUUGAAUCGCUUUAUAGCCAGGUCAGCUGAUCGCAAUUUACCUUUCUUUAAGGUUCUGCGAAAAGUAAAUAAUUUCGAGUGGAAUGAUCAGUGCGAAAAAGCUCUUCAGGAGCUAAAAUGCUCGGUGCUGGUUCGUGAAGAAGAUGGAAAGCUAAGCCCCAUUUACUACGUGAGCAAAAUGUUGCAAGAGGCAGAGAAGAAGUUAUGUCGAAAUCGGAUACGUCCGCCAGAAAAAGAUGAGAGAUGGCUGCUACAUGUGGAUGGGUCAUCGACCUCAAAGAACGGAGGAGCUGGAAUUUACUUGCAAGGCCCGGAUGGUGUUGAGAUUGAGAUCGCCACAAGACUAAAUUUUCCGGAGAUCAAUAAUGAAGCUGAAUAUGAAGCUCUAAUUCAAGGAUUGCAGAUGGCAUGGGAUGGAGGCGUAAGGCAGGUAGAUGUGUAUACGGACUCACAAUUGGUCGCGAUGCAGGAACAGGGUACUUAUGAGACGCGAGAGUGGUCCAUGACUCAAUACUUGGUGAAGGUGAAGGAAAUGAUGAAAAAAUUUGAUAGAUGCACUAUCAACCAGAUCCCGAGGGAUGAAAACGCACGAACGGAUGCUUUGUCGAAAUUCGGAUCAUUGCUGGAAGGAGUGAAGGAGAGAAAGAUCACUAUGAUGGUAAAAUCACAACCAGUAAUAGAUGAGAAGGUGGUUCACGCGGUCGAAGUAACAGAUUUUUGGAGAACACCUUUCGUUCGAUACCUUAAAUAUGGGGAACUCCCUAGUGAUGCGAUCGCUGCAAAGAGGCUACAGUUCAAGGAAAAUCGUUUUACGAUGCUGGGAGACGAUCUAUACAAGCGAACUCCAGAGGGUAUCUUAUUGAAAUGCUUGGAUGGUGAGAGGUCGCAGUACGUUAUGAAAGAAAUACAUGAAGGCAGCUGCAGAAACCAUUCAGGGGGAAGAUCGUUGGCCCAGAAGAUCCUCAGGCAAGGCUAUUUUUGGCCUAUUAUGGUGGAAGAUGCAAAGGAGUUUUCCAAAAAAUGUGAGAGUUGCCACAAGUAUGCGGGACUAUUACAUUCCCCUGCGACCCUGUUAGAUCCAUUGAAGGUCGCAUGCCAUUUUAACCAAUGGGGGAUAGACAUUCUUGGUCCGUUUUCUCAGGCAGUGGCUCAGAAAAAAUUCUUAAUUAUUGUGGUCGAAUACUUUUCCAAGUGGGUCGAGGCUAAAGCUUUGGCAAAGAUCUCUGAAAAAGAGUAUUUGAAGACCAGGCUGGAAGGAGCAAAAGGAGCAUGGGUCAAAGAAUUCCUUGGAGUACUCUGGGCAUAUCGAACGACCCACGAACAGCCACUGGAAAGAUCAUUUGAUCUUACAGUGAUUGAAGAAGGUAGAGAUCGCGCGUAUGCAAAGAUCUUGAGAUAUAAGAUUAUGUUGACCAGGAAUUAUAAUCGAAGAGUGCGACCGAGGAGUUCUCAAGUCGACGACUUGGUAUUGAAGAAAGUGGAAGUGUCAAAGCAUGUUGGAAAGCUCGAUCCAACAUGGGAAGGUCCAUACAAGGUAGUGGAGAUCAGACGGAAAGCAACAUACAUUUUGCAAGACUUAGAAGGGAAGAAUUUGCCGCGAUCUUGGAAUGUGCAUAAUCUGAAGAAAUUUUAUGCUUAG